CAUUUCAUCAUCACGGUCCGAGAGAAACAACGAUCAGGUGAGUUCCUCUCAUAAGCCUCACAAUCACCUUUCAUUAUCAAUUUAUCAAUGAUUUAUGCAUACACUAAAUCACUGGCAGUUCGUUUUAGAUGGUCUUGUUUUUCAGAUUCAACAAUCCAUAAUAAACUAUUUGCUCUUCAAACCCAUCAUCCACUUUCUCCAUCUCUCAAAUCCAUCUCAACUUCCACAAAUCAACACUCUUUUACAGUCAAUUACCUCAUCAAUACAUGUGGGUUUACUCCACAAACUGCUAUUUCUGUUUCCAAAAAAAUCAAUUUUAAAACCCUAGACAAACCAGAUUCAGUUCUCAACUUCUUCAAGAACCAUGGAUUCAACCAAACCCAGAUCUCAACUGUCAUCAGAAAACACCCAGAACUUCUCAGGUAUGAUCCCAAUAAAAAACUUUUGCCCAAAUUCGACUUCUUUUACUCCACUGGCAUUUCCUGCACUGACCUCGUCCACAUAGCAUCCAGUUGCCCAACAAUAUUAACUCAUAGCUUGAAGAACCAAAUCAUCCCAUCUUACAAUUUGUUGAUGAGUUUUUUUCAUUCCAAUGAUAAGUUUAUGGCGGCCUUUAAACGAUUCCCUGGGAUUGUAGGGCGUGAUCACAAUGCUAUGACAUUUCCCAACAUUGAAAUUUUGAGACAACAUGUUACUACUCGGCCUAGGUCAUUCAUGCUAAAGCCUGAUAGAUUCAAUGAGGUAAUGGAGGAUGUUAAGAAAAUGGGUUUCAACCCUUCAAAAUUCCAGUUUGUUAAGGCGGUUCAAGCAUUGAGGUCAAUGAGCAAAUCAACGUGGAAAAAGAAAAUGGAGGUUUAUGAGAAGUGGGGUUUGUCUGAGGAAGAAACAAUGUUGGCUUUUACAAGACAACCGGGCUGUAUGAGGAUAUCCGAGGAGAAGAUAACGGCGGUGUUGAAUUUUUGUGUGAACACAAUGGGUUGGCAGUCUUCCGUAAUUGCCCAUCGUCCAACAUUAAUGACACUGGGCUUGGGUAAGAGGAUAAUUCUCAGGUGUUCAGUACUUGAAGUUUUGUUAUCCAAAGGUUUGAUUAAGAAACCCAUUAGCUUACGGGCAUUGUUGGUGUCCACAGAGAGUAUGUUCCUCCACAAAUUUGUGACCUGUUAUGAGGAAGCUCCUCAGUUGUUGAAACUAUAUCAAGAAAAAUUGGAGCUUUCAAAAUCACACGGCCAUGAUUAUGGAAGUAAGAGUGGAACAUAUCAGCGGUAGAAUAUUACUCCCUAACUCUAGUGGCUUACACAACCCCUAUUCUUUUAUGAACUCCUUGUUUUUUUUUUGGAUUGUUAUGAUCUUAAGUCAAUAUGUUUUGGUAAGUAUUUAUUGGAUUUUGUUACAAAAUGCCUAGACAACAUUAAUAUAUCUUUUAUUAAUUAUGUAUGCAUUUAACUGAAUAAGUGAUUUUUUAUUUUUAUUUUAUGUGCAACUCCGACUCUGUGAGAUCUUCUAAUCUUUAAUUUGAAGCAUGGAAAAACUCAAUAACCGUCAGAAAGUGAUAUUUUAAUUCAGUUCCGCUUAUAUGUAAC